AUGAUACAGUUGCUGGUUCUCAGUACUCGUGUGCAUCCUUUUGCAAGGAAUAAACGAGAAGCAGUAGGAUUUGAAAGUUCGUCGUCAAAUAACAUUACCGAUUGGUCAAGAACUGUUCAUCCAACCGUUCAAUCACAGCAAACUGUAGUACUGCACUUAAUACCGACAGAACUGCAUGUUAAGCAAUUACAGCAGCAAAAGCAUAAGCAAAAUCCGGCUCAGAAAUUACUGCUCCAAUCAUCGACACUUCCGCAGCACAGUUCAAAAGCCUCUGGACAAUAUACCACAAUAUUAUCUAGUAAUUUUAACAGAUCGGCAGUGCGUGGUGUGCCGGUUGCCGUGCAGGUUUCCAAAGGAUAUGAUAGGCUUCCGAGUGAUUACAGAUCAGGUGGGAUACACCAAAUUGGUGAAUGGAGAGGAAAAAGUAGCGACCCGUGUGCUGGAUGUCCACCUGAUUCUGCUAAAGAUUCAUUUGGUGCUGUUCGCAAUCUUAUCAAACAGCAACUCAAUCUGAGGAAAGUGGCAAAUUUAGUAUUAACAACCCAGUUACUACGGUCUUAUGCAACAUAUUAUGAUUAUAACUUAGACCUGAAUGGGGAAUUUAGUCCUAAUGGACGUGGUGGCACACCAUUUGGUCCAUUCCCAAUGCAGUGGCCUACGCCAAUAGGAUCACCAAUGAUUGAAAUUCUCAUUAGUGAUUUCACAGUCAAUUCUCUUCUGUACUGGAUGCACAAUUUUAGAGCCAACUUUCUGUCAUUCCGGAUAGGACCAGAAACACCUGGUAUUGGAGCACUAUUAACAACGACGUGUGAUGUCAGCAACGACUAUUCAGGAGAGGAGUUCGAAAACGAAGCAUUAUUAUUACGGUUGUUACGUUUAAGUCAACUUCGUCGUCGUUAUUAUCUUUACCAUCAGCAACGUAGUAGGCGUCAGGCAGUUACGGGUAGCGAUUCCAGUGGUAGUAAUCUAGGAAGUCUGGGUGAUCUGGCCGAUCUUGGCAUUUGUCUGGGUGAUAUCAUACCAGCCAUCAAGGAGAAAUAUCCGAACACGACAUUAGCCCUUUCCAUACAUUCAGCACGAGCACCUUCAAUCACGAUUAGUCGACGUGGUGGAGGCAGUAUACAAUUAGAUUCGGUAACAUUUAUUGACAUCUACUUGGAUAAAACAAAUGUACGAGUUGGUACUAUAACAGUGAUAACAGUUGCCGAUAUAAUGCUUCAAAUAAUGGGUCAGCGAAUCAUUGCAAAUGCAUCGUUACCGGUACUGAAAUUGAUAGAUCGAGAUCAAACACUGGGCCUACAGCAGGAUGCACUUGAUAAUUUAGCCAGUUUAGCGAAAGACAUGAUUUUACGGGCAGCCAAUCAACAGUUCAAUAGAGGUAUUGAAGUAUCUUUGCCGACAUCAGGUUUACCUAUAAAUGUAGUUAAUCCACAUAUUCAAUUACUUGAUCACGCCGUUUAUAUUGGUAGUGAUUUUACAGUAGCACCAUCAGCAAUACAAAUGAUUUCAUAA